AUGUCAGCCUCGCCGUCUUCAAAGAUGCGGAAUCGCAUGCAAGAAUUAGAGGAUGAAGUUAAUUUUCUUCGAGAGCAGAAUUAUCACAUUCAACGGCUAAGUGAUACAUACCGUGAGAGAGUCUCAAGACUAGUGGCUGCCAUUCAAUUUAAAUCCCACACCGACACUCCUCUGGCUUUCCCAACAGUAAAGGAUUUAGAGGACUUGGUGGGUCGUCUGCGUUCCCGUGAUAUUCCCCAGGCUUCUUCUUCUUCCUUGUCUCCCCCAUUGGAGUGUAAAGAAACAGAGAAUACACCAAAGAAGUUAUUGAGCCGCGAGAAUGAUGAUGGGCUUAUGCAAAGUACGAGUUCACUUUCUCAUUUAACAGCAAAGGAAGAAGAAAAUGUGAAAGCGUGUAAAGGUGGUAAAAGUAAAUCUAGUGGAAAAAAGAGUAAAUCACCACAUACUACUACUACUACUACAACUACUACUACGGAAAAAAAUACAUCAGCGCAAGGUGCACAACGUUCUAUAAUUGCGAGAUUAACGGCCGAAAAUAAGAAUUUAGCUUCACUUGUUGAUACAUUAAAGUUACAUCUCUCAACUGCCACUCAAGUUAAUAGUACUUUGAGGAAAAAACUUCGAUCACUUUCUUCUUUUGAGAAUUCUUCCCAUUCAUCACCAAGUGGACAAAGGUAUAAUGCUAAUACUGCUGCUUCCAAUAAAUCGCCUGGUUCCUCUCCUCUACAGAAAAAGUUAAAGAAUCUCGAAGAGGAAAAUGAGAGACUUCGUAGUGUAGUUGAAAAUGGGGAACAAGUAAUGCAAGAAGUUUUACAUUAUAAAACUCUCUUACAGAGAAAAGGCGCGGAAGUUGAGGCCAUUAAGCGACGUGAAGAGAAUACUAUGAAAGAAUUGAAUUCUGCACGAGAGGAACUUUCCAAGGCAACUGAAACUAUUCGAUCACUUGGGACAGCUCUUAAAUUGAGUAAAAUUCGUGAGAAGAGGGCAGUUUCUGCAAAAGGAGAAGUGCAAAAAAAGAAGAAAGAAGAACAAGAACAACAACAACAAGAAUCUCCAUAUCAGGUAGUAGAAAAAGAAGAACAAGAGAAACAAGAGAAACAAAAACAGGAAAAUCAACGAAUGGAAUUAUUUCUUAGUCAGAAAUUCACAAAUGAUCUUACGAAUUACCUUUCUACUCUGAUGACAGAACACCAUACCCUUUAUGGAGAACAUCUAUUUCUUUAUUUUGUUAUCCACCUGGCGUUUGCACAAAAAAUUAUUAAUGGAAAAAAAGAAUCAAUAUUACAAACUUGUAUUAAAGAGAGUUUUGAUAAAAAUGUAAUGUAUGAAUCAUUUAUGUUGCUUUUGGAUGAACUCAUUGAACAAAUAAGGUGUGAUGAAAGAAACGCAUUCAUAAAGACUACUCCUCUAACCUCCACCUUAUUAAAUAUGGAUAGGAAUGAAAAGAUAACGGGCGACACCAAUUUUAUGGGGGAAAAUAAAUGUAAGGUAUUUCAUUUAGACUCUAACACUUCAGAGAAAUUAGCGACAUUGAAUAUCCCAUUCGAACUGAGACGCAGUGAUAUAGUAGAAAUCAACGAUAACACACUAGUAGAAGAAGAUGAAGAAGAAAAAGAAACAGAAAAGGAAAUCCAUUAUGAAGGAUCUCAUAUUGCAACCUACUUUUUACCCUCAGCUCAUCAUGCCAUGUUAGAUGCUGCAACAAUCACACUCUCACCUAUUCAAAUUAGCCGUGCAGUGGGACGUAGUCUUCCUGUUUCGCCAAUUUACACAAAUGAAUACACAGAAACAAUAUCACCGGUGUUGAUUAGCCGCGCUGUUGGAACAAGUCCCUUCAAUGAAGUAGUGUGUUUACCACAAGUUUAUUCUACUCCUGAGAAAGCUGAAAUAAAGAUAGAUGGAUCUAAACAAGAAGAAUAA